GUCGCCCGGCGGCUGCGGCGGCGGGGACGGCGGCGGGAGCCGCAAGAGCGGGGUCAUUCUGGACAUCGCCUCCCUGAAGAUGACGGAGCUGGAGUCCGAGGUGCUGCCGCUGCCACCCCGGUACCGCUUCCGCGAUCUGCUGCUGGGGGACCAGUCCUUCCAGAGCGACGACAGGGUGCAGGUCGAGUUCUACGUGAAUGAAAACACCUUCAAGGAGCGGCUGAAGCUCUUCUUCAUCAAGAACCAACGAUCCAGCCUGAGGAUCCGGCUCUUCAACUUCUCCCUGAAGCUGCUGACGUGCCUGCUGUACAUCGUGCGUGUGCUGCUGGACAACCCCGAGGAGGGCAUCGGCUGCUGGGAAUGUGAGAAGCAGAAUUACACAGCCUUCAACCAGUCCACCAACAUCAACUGGUCCCACAUCUUUUGGGUGGACAGGAAAACCCCUCUGUGGGCCGUGCAGGUCAGCAUCGCCCUCAUCAGCUUCCUGGAGACCAUGCUGCUCACCUAUCUCAGCUACAAGGGGAACAUCUGGGAGCAGAUUUUUCGCAUUUCCUUCGUCCUGGAGAUGAUCAACACGGUGCCCUUCAUCAUCACGAUAUUCUGGCCUCCUUUGCGGAAUUUGUUCAUUCCUGUGUUUCUGAACUGCUGGCUGGCCAAGUAUGCCCUGGAGAACAUGAUUAACGAUCUGCACCGAGCCAUCCAAAGGACACAGUCAGCAAUGUUCAACCAGGUGCUCAUCCUGAUCUGCACCCUCCUGUGUCUCGUUUUCACAGGGACCUGCGGCAUCCAGCACUUAGAAAGAGCAGGUGAGAAGCUCUCCCUCUUCAAGUCCUUCUACUUCUGCAUCGUCACCUUUUCCACCGUGGGCUACGGAGACGUGACACCGAAGAUUUGGCCGUCCCAGCUCCUCGUGGUGAUCAUGAUCUGCGUGGCCCUGGUGGUGCUGCCUCUCCAGUUCGAGGAGCUGGUGUACCUGUGGAUGGAGCGGCAGAAGUCGGGCGGCAACUACAGCCGGCACCGCGCGCAGACGGAGAAGCACGUGGUGCUGUGCGUCAGCUCCCUCAAGAUCGACCUGCUCAUGGACUUCCUCAACGAGUUCUACGCCCACCCUCGGCUGCAGGAUUACUACGUGGUGAUCCUGUGCCCCACGGAGAUGGACAUCCAGGUGCGGCGCGUGCUGCAGAUCCCCCUGUGGUCCCAGAGGGUCAUCUACCUCCAGGGCUCUGCACUCAAGGACCAGGACCUGAUGAGAGCCAAGAUGGACAAUGGAGAAGCUUGCUUCAUUCUCAGCAGCCGAAACGAGGUGGACAGAACAGCAGCUGACCACCAGACCAUCCUGAGAGCCUGGGCUGUCAAAGACUUUGCUCCAAACUGUCCUCUCUACGUGCAGAUCUUAAAGCCAGAAAAUAAAUUUCAUGUCAAGUUUGCAGAUCACGUGGUGUGUGAGGAGGAGUGCAAAUACGCCAUGCUGGCACUCAACUGUGUCUGCCCUGCCACCUCCACCCUCAUCACCCUGCUGGUGCACACCUCCCGUGGCCAGGAGGGCCAGGAGUCUCCGGAGCAGUGGCAGCGGAUGUACGGGCGCUGCUCGGGCAAUGAGGUCUAUCACAUCCGCAUGGGGGACAGCAAGUUCUUCAUGGAGUACGAGGGGAAGAGCUUCACCUACGCCGCCUUCCACGCCCACAAGAAGUACGGCGUCUGCCUGAUCGGCAUCCGGAGGGAGGAGAACAAGAGCAUCCUGCUGAACCCCGGCCCGAGGCACAUCAUGGCAGCGUCGGACACCUGCUUCUACAUCAACAUCACCAAGGAGGAGAACUCUGCCUUCAUCUUCAAGCAGGAGGAGAAGCAGAAGAAGAAGGGCUUUGCAGGCAGGGGCAGCUACGACGGCCCCUCCCGGCUGCCCGUGCACAGCAUCAUCGCCAGCAUGGGUACAGUGGCCAUGGACCUGCAGAACACCGAGUGCCGCCCCGCCAACAGCAGCAAGCUGGCCCUGCCCGCCGAGAACGGCUCGGGCACGCGGCGGCCCAGCAUCGCCCCCGUCCUGGAGCUGGCUGACACCUCCUCCCUGCUGCCCUGCGACCUCCUCAGUGACCAGUCCGAGGACGAGAUGACGCAGUCGGACGAGGAGGGCUCGGCAGUGCUGGAGUACGUGAAGGGCUACCCCCCAAACUCCCCCUACAUCGGGAGCUCCCCCACCCUGUGCCACCUCCUACCUGAGAAAGCCCCGUUCUGCUGCCUGAGGCUGGACAAGGGCUGCAAACACAACAGCUUUGAGGAUGCCAAAGCCUACGGCUUCAAGAACAAGCUGAUCAUCGUUUCUGCGGAGACGGCGGGGAACGGCCUCUACAACUUCAUCGUCCCGCUGCGCGCCUACUACCGCUCCCGCAAGGAGCUCAACCCCAUCGUGCUGCUGCUGGACAACAAGCCUGAGCACCACUUUCUGGAGGCCAUCUGCUGUUUCCCCAUGGUUUACUACAUGGAGGGCACCAUUGACAACCUGGACAGUUUGCUGCAGUGUGGCAUCAUCUACGCUGACAACCUGGUGGUGGUGGACAAGGAGAGCACCAUGAGCGCUGAGGAGGACUACAUGGCAGAUGCCAAGACCAUUGUCAACGUCCAGACCAUGUUCAGGCUCUUCCCCAGCCUCAGCAUUAUCACGGAGCUGACCCACCCCUCCAAUAUGAGGUUCAUGCAGUUCAGAGCAAAGGACAGCUACUCUCUGGCCCUUUCCAAGCUAGAAAAGAGAGAGCGAGAGAAUGGCUCCAACCUGGCCUUCAUGUUCCGGCUGCCCUUCGCCGCCGGGAGGGUCUUCAGCAUCAGCAUGUUGGACACGCUGCUCUACCAGUCGUUUGUGAAGGAUUACAUGAUCACCAUCACUCGGCUGCUGCUGGGCCUCGACACCACGCCGGGCUCCGGGUACCUCUGUGCGAUGAAGAUCACUGAGGAUGACCUGUGGAUCCGGACGUACGGGCGCCUCUUCCAGAAGCUCUGCUCCUCCAGUGCCGAGAUCCCCAUCGGCAUCUACAGGACGGAGUCGCACAUGUUCGCCACCUCCGAGCCCCACGACAUCCGAGCGCAGUCACAGAUCUCAAUCAAUGUUGAGGACUGCGAGGACACCAAGGACGUCAAGGAGCACUGGGGCAUCAAGACGAGCCACCACCGCAACUCGUGCUCCAGCGACCAGUCCGAGCACCCGCUGCUGCGGCGCAAGAGCAUGCAGUGGGCACGGCGGCUCAGCAGGAAGGGCAACAAGCACUCCAGCAAGACGGCCGAGUGGAUCAGCCAGCAGCGCCUCAGCCUGUACCGGCGCUCCGAGCGCCAGGAGCUGUCCGAGCUCGUCAAAAACCGUAUGAAGCACCUGGGCUUGCCCACCACCGGGUACGAUGAGAUGAACGACCACCAGAACACCUUGUCCUACGUCCUGAUCAACCCUCCCCCGGACACGCGACUGGAGCUCAAUGACAUUGUGUACCUGAUCCGCUCCGACCCGCUGGCCCACGUGGCCAACGACGGCCACAGCCGCAAGAGCAGCUGCAGCAACAAGCUGGGCUCCGGCAACCCCGAGACGCGCGACGAGACCCAGCUGUGAGCACGGCCGAGCGCCCCAGGGCUCCGGGGAAGGAGAGCACAGCACGGCCCAGCACGGCCCGGCCCGGCCCGGGGGGAGGCGGCUGCUGCCCGCCGUGCCCCGGAGAAGGCGAUGCCCAGCCUGGUGGGGGAUGCCCAGCCUGGCCGUGCCCACGGGAGGGAUUCCCGGAGCCCCGGGAAGGGCGGCACAGCCGGACGCAGCCGCAGCCGGUGGCCGCACGCCCCGGGGAUUUUAACUUUUUAUACCGAUACCGCAACUAGUGAGAAAGGCUCCGCUGGUGCUGGUGGGACGUGGCUGAGCCCAGACACUGACGGGAGCAGGGCUGUGCUUGGUGUCAGCCUGGAGGGUGCAGGUUGGUAAAGAUGAGAGGAAAUCUGCACCAAAGCCCUGCUCCUCUUCCUCCUCCUCCUCCUUCACCAGGUGUCCCCCUGGGUACCCAAACUCCUGCUCUGUCACUCACGUUCUUCAUCCUCGGCUGGGUUUCUGUUCUGGGUGGCCACAAGGACUCUGGUGGCCUUGGGACAGCCGGGAUGGAGGGGACAGGGCAUGGCAGGGCCCCCACGCCUUGGGGCACCUCCCAAACCAGGGCACCGAGAGCGGGGCCAGCUCUGCGGCAGAGCCUCGGAGCCCCUGGGGUUGUGUUCCUGCAGGGGCUGAGCUGCCCAGGGAUUUGGGAAUGCUGGGCUGGGCUGGGCUGGGCUGGGAUGUGGAGGUUUGGUGGCUCCACUCGCCCUUUCCAGCCAGGGCAGUCUGGGGUCCAACUCCCCGUGUGUCCUGGCCGUGUCCUGCUGUCCUUCCCCUCCCCACGGUCACAGCUCGGUGACACCGUUAUGGCAGCAGGUUCUGCCUGUCCCCCUGGCCACCCCUGGCAGCUCCAGUCCCCCUGCUCGACUCUGUCCCCCCUGUGGCUUCCCCUGCAGCAGAGGUGCAUGAACGUCCCCCCUGACCUGCAGGGACCUGGCACCACCACAAACUCCAGAUGUGUUUCCAUUCUGCUUUUGCACAUUCUACACCUUCGAUGUGGAAAGGGUUUAUUUGACUGCCAGGUGAAUAACUGAGUUGUUAACUUUCUAUACUUUCAUGUUCAUAUCUUACAAUUCCAAUGUGAUUUUUUUUUGGGUUUUUUUAGCAAGGAGCUUGUAAAGCACAACAUGGCCAUGAAAUCCCAUCAGCUUCCUGCACUCACUGAAUGGUUUAUUGCCAUUACCAUUCACUGUUUGCUCCCCAAUGCACCCCCAAUCAAUGUUUACAAAGAAAACAAAACAGAAAACAAGCCAAAACCUGAUUUAAAUGAGUUUUAAACAGCUGGGGAGGUGCCCCAGCCUGUGGGGAUGUGCCAUCCUGCCCCUGGCCCUGAGGGAGGGCAGAGGUACCCAGGGUAGGACCAGUGCCAGGGCUGGUAUCACCUCGAGAGGGGGUUGAGAGAGACCUGCAGUGCCUGGAUGAGGUUUGGGGUCCAGCUUUUAUUUUUUUUUAUUGUUUUUUUUUUCCUGAAGUGCCAGGCCUGGUGAGGUACCACAGGUAAAAGCAAAGAGUGCAUCCCUCCCACCCUGCUGAGCUGUGGCCAUGAACAGAACUGCCUUUAAAGCUUUUUUGGGUUGUUCUGAUGGAUUUUUAGUGAUUAGUUUUGGAUCUCUUUGGUUUAGGCAGGCACAAUGUUUUAUUUAUUUCUGUUUGCAGUGUCACAUGCCAAAUCUAUCAUUUAAAAACAGCAAAAAGAAAUUAUAGGCUAAAAAGUGGGUGUGGUUGAAAUCCAGAAGGACACGUGGGCUCUUGCUAGCUUGCAGCCUCAGGAUGCUCAGAUCAUGGAGUGUGAUUGUAUUUAAGUGUCUGCAUUUAAUAUGGAUCAUUUUCCAAACCCCACUUUGCUUUCGAGGGAGAGUGGAACAAAACAGUAUUACAGGUUAAAAAAAAGCCAGCAAACAACCAAAAGCCCAGCCCAAAUAAAACAAAAGGUGUGAUUAUUUGAAUAUAUUUACUGGGAACAUUUUUAUCCUUUUUUGUUUGCUUGGCUGUGAGCUGCGUGUGAGAGCGCAGGGAAGUGAGCGCAGCUCCUCAGCUCAACCCUCCCAUGGCAAGAAAAUAGAAUUUCUUUUAAAAACCCUUAAUUUACUUAAAUGCCACCCCCAGCCCUGAGCAGCCAGGUCAGCCAUGUGGCCAAACCCAGGGUCUGUGUUCCAGAGGCUCCCCUGGCUGUGGUGCUGGGUCCCUCCAGCUCCUGCCUGCCCUCAGUCCGAGGAGAAAAUAAUCCCAAGAGGAAACCACGUGCCAAAAGGACUGAGGCCUCUGUGUGGUUUGUGAUACUAUCAAAAUGCCCUGGAUAUUCCUGUUUUUUGACAAUGCUUCUGUUUGUUCAGUGUACAAAGUCCCUGCCUUUGAAACGGAAGCUCCGUGUACAAAGCCUCGGGUUCCUCCUCUGGUGUAAAUUUCCAGCCAACCUUCCCGUGGGAUGGGGAAACCCUGUAAAUACUCACCUGUGGCCAAUGCAAGUCUGAGAACCAAGGGUUCAUUUUUCUAAUUCCUUAGCCUCAGUCACAAUACUAAUGUAAAAACAAAAGCAGUUUAUUUUUCUAAUGGUCCUGGAAACGUCGAUGCAGCGACCAAGAGCCGCUGAGAGGGCCCACAAGGAGCUUCCAUGGGAGCAGGAGAAUGGCUGCUGCUUCCAGCCAUGGAAAAAUCCCAUUUUUUACAGGAAAUAGUUGUGUUCCAAUGCAGAGACCUGGCAGGCCCUGGGGGAUGCAGAAACGAGGACAGCUGGGAUGUUUUGGGGUUUUCCAGCAGCGGCUCCGGCGCACGUUCCGUGUCCACUAACGGUUUGAUAGGCUCAGUAUGGACUAAACCCACAUAUCCUGCAUUAAACUCAACUACUCCAACCAAUUAUGAGCAUAUUUAUUUCCUGUUAUCCCCCUUUUUAUUUAACCUCUAUAGGACAGGACAGUUUUAUUCCAAGCUCAGCUCCUGCAUGGAUUUUUAUCAGCAACAGCGACUCCCGUGGUUCCUCUCGGAGGCCGAGUUUGGGAGCUGCUCUGCUGGGAUCAGCCAGCCAGGGGAGAGGGUUUUGUACAAUUCCUGUGAAGAUGCUUCACAUUUCUGUAAAGAUAAAUGACAAUAAAAGAGCUGCAUGCAGCAACAGGAGA